GCAGUAUAGCGAACUGCGAACCUUGAUGUCCACACCAUGAAACCGUUGCACUUGGUAGUGUCGAUCCUCUAUUGCUUCGUUUGUGUAGCAGCGGUCAGUGGUGGUGAUAGCACGAGCAUUGUUGGCACAAAAAAUGGCCCCAUAGUAGGUGAGCGAAGGGGAGACUAUCACGCCUUCGAGGGCAUACCGUAUGCGAAGGCUCCGAUCGGAAAACUACGGUUCACACCGUCGGAACUGAACGAUGAGUUGUGGACCGAACCACGGAACACGACCCGCUUCGGACCGGUGUGUCUUCAGUGGAACCAUUUAAAUCCGAACGAAGACAAACUGGACGGAGCGGAGGAUUGUUUGUUUCUGAACGUGUACACCCGCAACCCGGACGCGGCAGCUAAGCUACCGACGAUCGUGUUCAUCCAUGGUGGAGCUUUGAUGUUCGGUAUGGGGAGUUUCUACGAGCCGGAUCAUCUUAUGCAACGGCCGCUGGUGCUAGUCACGUUCAACUAUCGUCUCGGACCGCUCGGGUUUCUCAGUACCGAAGAUGAUGCCAUUCCCGGGAACUACGGUUUAACAGAUCAAGUGACGGCCCUGCGCUGGGUUCAAAAGAACAUUGAAAGCUUCGGUGGUGAUCCCGGUCGAGUAACGAUUGUCGGCUAUUCGGCCGGAUCGGCCAGUGUACACCUGCACUACUUGUCCCCCCGCUCGAGUGGACUGUUCAGCAACGGAAUUGCCCAUAGUGGAACGGUACUCAAUCCGUGGGUGAUGGCAGAACGAUCGGCCGAAAAAGCGAAACGUUUAGCCGCUGCCUUGGGUUGUCCGACACGCAAAACGUUAGAAUUGCGCGAUUGCUUGCGCGAACGUCCUGCCGAGGACAUUGUACGGCAAGUGUCUUCGUUGCUUGAUUUCCUGUACAAUCCAUUUUCACCGUUUGGGGUGGUGCUUGAACAACGGACCGCCAACAAUCCGGAACCGUUUCUCGAACAAACACCUCACUCACUGAUGGUGGAAGGAACGUUCAACAAGUUACCGUUGAUACUCUCCGUAACGGAGGCCGAAGGACUUUAUCCGGGGGCAGAGUUUCUCAGCAAACCUGAAUAUCUCGCAGCGAUCGAUUCGCACUGGAAUGAGUUGAUCCCUAGCAUACUCGACUACAAAACGGCCGUCCCGGAACGGGCCAGGCGCGAUCAACUGUCGAGCGCGAUUCGCAAGCACUACUUCGGAUCGCAGCGGGUGACGGUCGAUAACUUUGGCGAUCUUGUGCGGCUCAUUUCCAAUCGACUGUACUUCGUGGGCUUCACGGAAACGGCCAAACUGAUGCAACGUCACACACCGGUUUAUCUCUACGUCGAUCACUACAAAGCAAAGUACGGCGUAGGGGAGGCACUUUCGCACCGCGAUGACCUUGGUGUGGCCCAUGGGGAUGAUGUGCUGCUGAUUUUCCCGAGCGUCCUCAGGCAUCUCGUACCGUACACGGACGAGGAACUUGAGGUUGUCGAUCGCUUCGUCGGUAUGUACGAAACGUUCGCUAAAGGGGGCAAGCCAAUGUUCGGUUCGUACGAGUUGCCGGUUCAGGAUUCGUCAGAGAUGAUUACAUAUUUGAAAUUAAACUACCCAACGAGUCAAACCAUACAAUCGGCAGGCGUGAGCGAUGAAACAUUUUGGAACGAACUGGACUGUAACGACGCACCACGCGAUGUCGUGCACACGACGCACAGUGAGUUGUAG